AUGAACCAACUGCAGGAUUUGCUGAAUUACAGUCUUAUCAGAACAAAGCAUGUAGAGAAUGCUGCCAUCAUCAGCAUAGAGGAAAAGAAAGUCUUGGCAUCGACCUUUGGCUUUCAUGUGCCACCAGAGAAUGCUUUAAACCUCAUCUACAGCUUCUACAAGAACUUACUGCAAGUCAGAAGGGAAGGACUCUACUUCAAGGAGAAGUACUACAGAUGUGUCCGUGCAGAUGAGCAGUCCAUCUAUCUCCACAACCCAGAUGGAGGCCUGAUAGUUGUGAAGACAAAGCAUUCGAUCCUGGUUGCUACUUACAGAGUGGGCAUGUAUGCCAGUGUGUGUGUGGAAGCUGUGGAGAAACUAGCUGACUACUUGAGACAGAGAGGUAGCUGA